AUGAUUCUCUUCCCCAUGAAGGCUGUACAAACGUGGAAGCAACCCUCCAUCUUGAUUGGUUGCUAUGUGUUGUUACAAUCUGGCCUGCUGAUUUGGUUUAAAGAGCUGAGAAUGCACAACAUCGGGGAUCAGAGCCGAGAUGGUAUCUCGGUCGAAGAGCUGAUUCCAUCCGGGAUCGGCAAAUUGCCGAGUGGAGGGGAAGAUUUAAUGCCGAAUUAG